AUGACACUUUUACAUUUAGCAUCGCGAGGCGUAAGCCUCGAGCGAGAGAGAGAGAAGGGGAGAGAGAGUGAGUGCGAGCCGCAAUGCCAACAGGCGGACACGGACAUAAACAGGAACACAAAACAGCAGCGGGUCGGGACGGAACGGUGCGGGCUGGCCGGAACAGGCACAUGGACAGGAACAGGCACAGGCCCGGGCACAGGAGCACACGCACAGGCGCGCCGGCAUGUCAACGCUGUGGUGAUGUUGAUGCAACAGGGAUGGGCAACAGGAUUGGCUGUUGACGAUGGCGACCCCCAUCUGCGCCCCUCCCACACGCCCCUUACAGUUGGCUACAUGCGAGCUGCCAGCUAAUGAAUAAACUGGGCUUGAAAUAUGACCCGGCAGGAUGCAUUGCACUCCGGGCCAGCAUUUAGACGGUCUCUGUUUAUUUGCCGAUUGCCCAACGAUGCGAUGAGAGCUUAGUUUGGCUUGGCAUAAAGACUGUUCCGACGAGAUCUCAAUAAAUCAGACAGUCUAUUUUAUGCACUCAAUCAAAAUAGCCUCAGGGCAGUCAGAAAAAAGGGGGGCAAAAAAAAGGAAUAGGACUUAGCUACGCAUCUUGGGAAGUUCAUAUAUUUCCAUAUCUGGCCGGAAAUGGUC